CAAACUCCCCAAAUCCGAAAGAGCAUAAACCCGCAAACGAAGAAAAACCCUUUCUUUCAAAAACUCAAAAGCCAAGCCGCUGCCCUGUAUCUACUCCUUCAGAUUCGCUUCAGUUUCACCUUCACAAAAUGGUAGGAGGAGGAGGAGGAGAGUUCGAAGUUGGAGAAGUCCCAUUCAAUCCUGACGGAUGGGGCCCUCCCGAUUCUUCCAAUCUCAACCUAAAUCUCCCUGUCAACGUCCCCUUCGCCCCUUUCUCCCGCUCCGAUAAGCUUGGCCGUAUCGCUGACUGGACCCGCACCAACUACAACAACCAGAACCAGAACCGCAACAAGAACCCUUCCGAUUCCGUCUUCGACUUCUCCAACGACGACUCCUUCCCUUCCUCCGGCGCCGCCGAUGACGACUCCUCCUUCCGUCUCGUCGACGGCAAGCCUCCACCUAAGCCCAAGUUCGGCCCCAAGUGGAGGUUCCAGCAACAGCGCCAGCUCCCUCAACGCCGCGACGAGGAAGUCGAAGCCAAAAAGCGCGAGGCAGAGAAGGAACGCGCUCGCCGCGACCGUCACUACAAUAAUAACCGCUCCAACGCCAACAACAUGAUGCGCCGAGAGCCUUUGAAAUCCUCCGUCGAUAUCCAACCCGAAUGGAACAUGCUCGAUCAGAUCCCCUUCUCCACCUUCUCCAAGCUCUCCUUCUCCGUCCCCGAACCCGAGGACCUCCUCCUCUGCGGCGCACUCGAGUUCUACGAUCGAUCCUUUGAUCGCAUCACUCCCAAGAACGAGCGCCGCCUUGAGCGCUUCAAAAACCGCAAUUUCUUCAAGGUUACCACCACUGAUGACCCUGUCAUCCGCCGCCUCGCCAGCGAGGACAAAGCCACCGUCUUCGCCACCGACACGAUCCUCUCCACCCUCAUGUGUGCGCCCAGGUCGGUUUACUCGUGGGACAUUGUGGUCCAGAGGGUCGGGAACAAGUUGUUCUUCGAUAAGCGUGAUGGCUCUCAGCUCGAUUUGCUUUCUGUUCACGAGACCUCUCAGGAGCCCUUGCCUGAGGCUAAGGACGAUAUCAAUUCCUCCUAUUCCCUCGGCGUGGAGGCUGCUUACAUCAACCAGAAUUUCUCCCAGCAGGUUCUCAUUAGGGAUGGGAAAAAGGUCGCAUUCGAAGAGCCUAACCCCUUCGCCAGCGAAGGAGAAGAGGUUGCCUCUGUGGCAUAUCGCUAUAGGCGCUGGAAGCUCGAUAACGACAUGUACUUGGUGGCUCGGUGUGAGGUACAGAGUGUUGUUGAGAUUAACAAUCAGAGGUCCUUCUUAACUCUGAAUGCACUCAACGAAUUCGACUCCAAAUACUCGGGUGUUGAUUGGAGGCAGAAGCUCGAGACUCAGAGAGGUGCUGUGUUGGCCACUGAGCUAAAGAACAAUGCCAAUAAGAUGGCCAAAUGGACGGCUCAGGCUUUGCUAGCUAGUGCCGAUAUGAUGAAACUGGGGUAUGUCUCUAGGGUUCAUCCUCGUGAUCAUUUUAACCAUGUGAUAUUGGCAGUUGUCGGGUACAAGCCAAGGGAGUUUGCUUCACAGAUUAAUUUGAAUACUUCGAAUAUGUGGGGGAUUGUGAAGUCCAUUGUGGACUUGUGUAUGAAGUUGAACGAGGGGAAGUAUGUGCUUGUCAAGGACCCAGCCAAACCACAAGUUAGGAUCUAUGAGGUGCCUGCGGAUGCAUUCGAGAAUGAUUACGUGGAGGAGCCACUGCCGGAGGAUGAGCAGGUUCAGCCACCCACGGAGGAUGCUGAGAGUGCAGAGCCAAAUGCUGCUACAAAUGAUGUGGAGGAGAAGGAGGUGGUUGCACAAGCUUGAAGGGGAAGUUGCUAUCUUGGAGGGCAGGAGCACUUUAAACAACAAUGUUAUGGUUGGGAUAAUACCUUGGUUAAUAUUAUCUUCUAGGGUGAGCAAUUUGUUUGUCGACUCCUCAAGUAGAAAAAAGAUCAUGGUGCUUAUUCUCUUCUCAUCCGAAAAUGUGUGAUUUCUGUUUUCUGAAUUUCAAGGAAGAAAAACACUUUUGCAAUCAAUUCCUGUAACAAUCUACAUUAUUUUGUUUUUAUUUAUUUGGCCUGCAUGUAAGUUUAGAUUAUGGAGUGGUACAACAAGAAGCCUUAGUCCGAAGAUUUUGGUUAGAAAAAUUAGCCUCUUGUAAAACGCAUUUCUCAUAUUAGUAAAAGAUAUUCAAGUACCAAAUUUUGAUGU